AAUGCCUAUUUUAAUAACCCGUUGCAGCAUUCUAUCAGACAAGUUCAAAUUGAACGGUCGUUUGAGGCGUUCAUUGCCAAACCAAUGGCGAUGAAGAUAUUACUUGUUAUUGCGCUCGUCAUUCUUGUAGUUAAUAAUGCUUGUUGCCAGAUUCCAAACGUUUAUGAUUUUUGCACCGCUCUGUUGUCCGAUAACAGAGAAGGUUCUGUUUCAUCUGUGUGCAAUCAGUGUCAAGGCAUUCCCGGCAAACGAGGACCUAAGGGAAGUCCGGGUCCACAAGGCCCAAAAGGAGACCACGGGGCGGCUUCCACAGCGACCCAAGAUUUAGAAGCCAGGGUGGAACAAUUGGAAGAAAGAAUACUUUUUCUCCAAAGGAUUACAAAGAACUCUCCAGAAAAAGAUAAUAUCUGCUCUCUGGGGUUAAAAAAUGGAUCCAUUCCAAAUAGUGCUAUGACGUCAUCUACUGAAUGGUCAUCGAGUUGGGCGGCGCACGAAGGACGUUUGGAAGGUGCUAGAUGCUGGAUUGCUCACGGAAGUGGUAAAAUAGGAGACUGGAUUCAAGUAGAUUUUGGUGAUUACAAGUCAGUAUCUGGAGUUGUUACACAAGGUCGCCCAGGAACCACGCAGUGGGUUAAAUCAUACAAACUUUCGUGUGGCAAGGAAAUGAAUGAAUUUGAUUGGAUAGAGGAAAACGGAAUAGUAAAGGUCUUUCCUGCUAACACUGAUGCCAACACAAAGAUUUAUAACAAGCUACCUAGUCCCGUUGUUUGUCGCUAUUUUCGGCUCUAUCCACAGUCGUGGAAUGCUCACAUAAGCAUGAGGAUGGAUUUGUUGCGAGGGGAUUGUCAUAUGUAUUAUUAGUGUAAAACUGAGUACCAGCAAAGUGACAGCUACUUGCUGUAAGCAGAAUUGUUCUGUAUUUCUGAUAUCAUGACAAGUUUUAAAUAUAUAAGUGACACUCUUCAAUGUGAUAAAUACAAAUACCAUAUAAAUGAAAAUAAUAAUAAAGCAUG